CUUUUUCCUCCCACCCCCCCUCCUCUUAUCAGUGUGGUAGAGAGAGAGUGAGAGAGAGGAUCAGUAGGAGAGCGAACGAAGCUUUAACAAUUGUGACAGUGGGGAUGGGGGAAGAAAAAAAGGGAAACGGACCAGGAUAGAGAGAAAAGAAGUGAACUUAAAGACAUAGUUAGACAUAGUUAUUCCCACUGUCCAACAAGUUCAGAGAAACAGAUGCCACAAAGAGCAAGAGAGUGAAAGAGAAAGGAAAGUGAGAAAUCAGAAAGUAAACCGUGUGAGGACUGAGCGCUUGUUUCUGGAAUUGGGUGGACCCAUCACUAGGAAGAGUCGACAUCAACCAACACAGGGACCAUGUACAGUGGAUAUGGAGGGAGUCCGUCCCGAACUCUCUCCACCAUGUCGCUGUCCGUUCGCCCAGUCAGACGCCUCACCUCCAGAUCCAUCACUAGGAGCCAGAGUUUUACUGGAGUAAACACCUACGACAAGCCCUACAGGAACCUCUCAGUGUUCAGCACUCCAGGUCUCAGCAGGAAGCCCAGCAGAGCCAGCAGGAUGUUCACCAUGUCCACCAAGUCCAACCCACCACCUAAAGUUCCUCAACCAGAGCGACUGGAUCAGGUCUAUGAGGCUCUGAAGAAAGGCCUUCAGUCUUACCUGCAGGUUCAUCAGAUGGAUUUGGACAACCUCAGCAGGCAGAUGAAAGAAUCAAAGAGGAACUCCAGACUGGGUUUCCUGUAUGAACUGGACAAGCAAGUGAAGGUGACGGAGAGGUAUAUAAGACGACUGGAGUUUCACCUCAGCAAGAUUGAGGAGCUAUAUGAGGCUUACUGUCUGAAGAGGAGACUCAGGGAUGGAGCCAACAAGAUGGUGAAGGCAUACACUGCUUCUCCAGGCAGUAAGGAGGCUAGAGAGAGUUUAACAGAAGCCAAUAAAGGCUACAAAGAAUACACAGAGAACAUGUGUGUGCUGGAGAAUGAGUUGGAGAACCAGCUUGGGGAAUUCCACAUUAAGAUGAAAGGUCUGGCUGGAUUUGCCAGGUUGUGUGCUGGUGACCAGUAUGAGAUCUUUAUGAAGUAUGGUCGACAGCGGUGGAAGCUCCGAGGCAGAAUAGAGAUUAAUGCCAAACAGGUGUGGGACAGUGAAGAGAUGGUGUUUCUGCCACUAAUCAAUGAGUUCCUCACUGUCAAGGUGACAGAACUGAAGAGUUUAGCCAAUCACGUGGUUGUAGGAAGUGUCUCCUGUGAGACCAAGGACCUGUUCGCUGCACUGCCCCAGACAGUUGCCGUGGACAUAAAUGACCUGGGUACUAUUAAGCUAAGCCUCGAAGUCACCUGGAAUCCAUUUGACAAAGAUGACCAGGUGUCAGUGGCAAGCACUGUCAACAAAGCCCCAACCGUCAGUAAGAGAUUCUCAACAAUCUUCAACCAGACUCCACCUGACACGCCGUCUUUACGUGAACAAGCCUUCUAUAACAUGCUCCGUCGUCAUGAAGAGUUAGAGAAUGGAACAGCUUGGUCUAAUUCAUCUGAAUCUUCUGAUGACUCCUCUAGUCCUCAGCUAUCUGUAGGAGGGCUACGCAACUCUACAAAUCAUAAGGCAGUGGUGGUGACACCAGACAUUCAGCCAGCUGUAACAGGAAGUUCCUACCCACAGCCUGACAUCUCAUUCUGCCUCCGAGACUCCUCUUCCCCAACUCCAAACUCCACUCACAAAGCCAGCACCAUCAGUGAGGUUCCCAACACACCGCAACACCAAGCAGAGAGCAACAGGGAAGAGGCGAAGGGCACGGUCACUGUGAUGACAAAACCUGCCAAUGAGGAAGAAGAUGCAGGGAAACAGUCUCCCAUAGCAACAGAGGAUGGGGUGGUGACCAACAGCCACACCUCACGCAGCUACUCGCGCUCUCUGAGCCACAUCAGUGAAAGUAGCGCUGAUGGCAUUGUGUUGACGGACAGGUCAGCCGGCGAAACAGGGGAGGUGAUGUCUUUGGCCUCCGGGAUCUCCAUCAACGACAUUGAAAUGGAGAUGCCCAGUAGAACUCCUGAGCCGCCCAGCUCUGCUGCUGCAGACACUGGUGUCAUCGAAGAAAACAAAACAGCUGAUAAUGUCCCAAAUCAACACCCAAUCAGGAUGCAACAGGACACAUCCAGCCCUGUUCUCACAUCCUCCUCUACCAGGACUGAAGGAAUGGACUAUAACACUCCAUCACAAAUGAACACACUCCCACACCCAGAGUGCAGCCAACUUCCAGACAGUGGGGAUGUGACAUAUGUAGCCCGGCGGGUGCCGGUGGAGGAGGAGAUGCCAGGUGCAGGUGCAGAAUCUCAGUCCAGAGAGGGUGAUGGUCCUGUGGACUGUGGGCUAGAGGAUGCCCUGGGAGUUGUAGUUUCCUCUCUGGAUGAUUACAGAGGACAAUUCCCUGAGUUACAACUACUGGAACAAGAGCUCAAGCUGCUGCAGGUUACACUGAAGGGUGGUAGGCACAGCCGGUCGCCCAGCGUGGUCAGCCUCACGGUGGAAACAGCUCUGGGCAGCUUUGAUUUCCUCAACACGUCUGACUGGGAGGAAGAUGAGGAGGAAAAGGGUGACAAGAGGAAUAGAAAUGGCAGGUCUCUGCAGGACAGAGGCUGGGACAGCCCCUCCUCUCUCACCUCCCCCCUCACCACAGGCUGCACCACCUUAGACUGCUCCCUGGUGGUCCACUUGAAGAACUGCAGUGCGCAGUUGUUGCGUCUGGGCAUGUUUGGUCCUCUGCGGUGUGGAGAGAUGUACGCCUUAGACAGACUGCUGAGAGAAGCUCGAGUGCUCGAAAUCAUCCGACGCAUCACCAAGGACAACCCCAGACGCCUCAGACAGCCUGCUGAAGUGAUACCUCAGCUGGGCCUGUGCCAGGGUGCUGUGUCACUAUGGCAACAGUGUGUGAAGCAGGGCAGUGUGUACAGCGUUUCUGCUGAGAACUUCCUGUUAACGCUGUCUACAGCCUACUCCAGCAUGCUGCCUGAGAGGGCCAGCAGCAUGGCAGACACAGUGUUCUUGUGUCUGGUUGAGCGAGUACUGGAUCAGAGGCUACCACGGCGGGGCUGCAACAGAGAUAAAGUGACUGUGACGCUGUUUCAGCUGUGGAGUUACUUAGAGGCCAACGACAUCAGUGACAUGGAAACACACAUCACAGAGCUGGCAGAAGAGGUGUGGUUGGUACAGAGACUGGCGUCGUGUGACCAGGAUGUGAUCGUCAACACUCUGCGGCGUCCUGCUGAGUGCAGCCUGAGGAGAGAAGGACUCCAUGCUGUGGCCAAAUUACUGAAAGACCCACGAGGAAAAGUGUCAGCGUCUGCUAGCUCUGUACUGAGAAGCCUGGCUGCCCAGCCCAGGCAGAGGGAACAGGCCUUGGUCAGCUGUCUGGAGCUGCUGGAAGAUGAGAACGUGGACACCAGAGUCUGCGGAUGCAAGGCCUUAGCUUGUCUCAAAGCUAAAGAAAGUAUCGACCAGUUGGUGUAUCUUUGUCGGACAGACAAAGAAGAAGUUCGAGAUGCUGCCAAACAAACGCUGCUAGUGCUUGGGGAGGAGGGGAAGAUGGCCCACAGACAUGUGGAGACGUCUCAGGACAGCAUACCAAGACUCUUCGCUCCAGGAAGCAUGGCCAGCACAGCUUUCUAACAUAACAAGGAUACACACACACUGGGUCAGAACAAAAGUGGAAGGUCAGCAACACAAUAUGAAUAUUGUGUUUCAGCUGUGCUUUGACACAGUGUCAUAAGAAUAUACAGUAUGGUGUACUCCUGCCCCAUUACUAACACUAAAACAUAAAAAGACAAAUAUAAUAUAUGAUAUACAGAAUACACACUGUCAGAGAGGUGGCAAUGAUAUUCACAUCAAGGACAGCACCUCUGCUUAACACUGGGCAAACAUUUAAAGUCAGUAAGCUACAAAUACAGCUGUUUAUUUUUUAUCAACAUGUGAUAAUGAGGUUGGACUGUAAAGAUGCUGAGAAGAAUGUAUAAUGUGAGCAGACUUAAAUGAAAGGAUGGAUAAAGGGAGGAGUAGAAGGAUGAAAUAGAUAAUAAAGGAGGAAGAUGCGGAGGAGUUAAAAGGACAGGGUGGAACAUGUCUGCAUUGAUUUAAGUCAUAUUCAAGUCCGAUUACUGGACAAACUCCCUCUCAUUGCAGUCAUUUCCUUCCCAGACACAAAUGUAUUAUUUUGAAAUUAGUUUUAAAAAGUCUGGAAAGCUAUUUAAAGUCACUUUGUCUAUUUUCAUAGCCUAUCAAAUGCCAAAAAUGUACAAAAUGUUUAGUUUCUUGCUAUUUCUGAUGUCUUUAACUCUGGUUUUGACUGAUUUACAUUGUGACCCAGUAGGCAUACAUAGAGUUAGUAUUCCAUUACAUAGAAUAAUGCUACCCUAGCUCUACAUAAAACCACUUUUCUUAAUGGAUACUCUCGUCACUUGUUCAAGCUUAAAAGCUGUUUGGACAGCACUGCUUCAGAUGGAGAGCUUGUUCUGUGGCAUGCAUUAAUGACACCAAAUGGAUUUUCUCACACUGUUCUCACACAGCACUGUAGCUACUGGCUGUACUCGCAUUUGAGACUGAGUCAAGUGACAAAGACCAAGAAAAAAUCUAAUAGUAUCUGAAGCAAAAUAUUCUUGUACAAUUUUUUUUUACAAUAACUGUGAAAGUAAGAUUUCUGUCUAUGCACAUACUACCAGGCAAGAGUUUUAGGAUACCUCAAUUUUUCUAGAUUUUAUUGGAGUUAAAGCAGUUUGAGUCCAGUAAAUAAAUGUAAUUACAAAGGUAAGCGUUUAACUGCGCGCAGUUUUUUUUUUAAUUAAUGCAAACAGUUACUACAGGUGUCCAAAAUCCUGUUGAUGACUUAUAAACCCUCUGUCUGUACAAAGGCAUUGUUGGAACAAAGUGUGUUAACUAUACCCUAUACAUAUUAGGACAACAAUGUACUGCAGGAAGUAGUUCUGUAUAUUGCUGUCAGAAUGGUGAGAAAAUAGUAACUAAUUAACAAACCCAAGAUGUAAGAUAAUGAUCCAAAACAUUAUGAGGGAAAGAUGGUGGCUUUACAUGAUGGAAGACCGGCACAGUCUCUACACUUAAACCCCAUCAAUCUGGUUUGGGAUGGACUAGAUAUAAAAAAAAAAACAUAUUUGUGGGAACAUCUGCAACACUGAGACAUACUUCCCAGAUAACACUUCCUUGUGUUAAUUUUGCUUAUCCACUGAACUACCUAAUUUCAAUAACAGCUGGAAAACUGAAGGUGUUCUCAAAUUUUUGGCUGGCAGUACAUAUGCAUAAAUGUAGAUGUCUAAAAUGAGGAUGCUUGGUUGAUACAUGAAAAAGACACUGUGGGAAAUAAGCACGUCACUGAACACUUAUAGUUUAAAAAAUGCAGUGUCUCUGGAAAACUGACCAGAGAUCUACUUGCACAGCUGCUGUGAGACAUUAACAGUCAAAAGUACAAGUACAAGUCAAAACACCCACACAUCUUACUGUCCGAAAGUUUCAGGACCAGACUAAAGAUUGAGACCAGAAUUGAGUACUACAGCCCUUACUUGCAACACUGUCCAAUGCAUGUGAGAGUGGUUAAGCUGAAAGUGUAGAGGAUGUCAUCAUACCAACACUUGAUCAGUGCAUAGAAACAGUGAGUGACUCACUUAAAUUGGAAAAAAGUAUUGAUUUGUUCUCAAAACAUAGACAAUCUGAAAUUAUUGAUCUUAUUCAUAUGAAUUCCUUUUUCACUGCAGGAACAACUAGUGGACCACUGAUCCUGUGAACACUAUGAACAGAUUAAGAUCCAAA